GCAGGAUAGCGAAACAGAACCGGGACCAGCGAUGCCGUCAACCGAGUGUUCCUCGACCAUUGUGGGCAAAGGUGGAAAGAUGACAGCAACGGCUGUUGUGAAUGGGGAUGCAUCCAUGGACAGUUUGUCUGAAAGCAGCACUGACCCCAAGAUCACUAACGGGCACCCCGGAAACAGCCCCCUUUCAGCAGGAGAACCCCCCUCCCCAGCGAGCCCUAAACUGAACGGGGGCGCUGUCACACCGGAAGUUAGUCUUACAAACAAGCCUCUCAGCUGUAAGAAAAGAAGCAGGAGAAACUCUGACCUGGAGGACAAGACCUUGUGGGAUUCCUCCUACAAUGAGGCUGUUGUGAAUGGGGAUGCAUCCAUGGACAGUUUGUCUGAAAGCAGCACUGACCCCAAGAUCACUAACGGGCACCCCGGAAACAGCCCCCUUUCAGCAGGAGAACCCCCCUCCCCAGCGAGCCCUAAACUGAACGGGGGCGCUGUCACACCGGAAGUUAGUCUUACAAACAAGCCUCUCAGCUGUAAGAAAAGAAGCAGGAGAAACUCUGACCUGGAGGACAAGACCUUGUGGGAUUCCUCCUACAAUGAGGCAAAAUUGCAGAGAGUCGCUGGCCGGGAGACAACUCUCCGACAGAGACCCCCUCAGCGGACAAUAUUCCAGGCCGGACUCACACCUUGCAGCAAGGCACGAAGCAGCACAAACAACCCCAAACCGAAACCGGAUCCAAACAGCUGUGUGGUGCAGAAUGGAACCCUCUUCAGCCCUGUGAGCCCCCAUGUCUCUCCUACCCCCACCCUAGAGCUGAUGGAACAGGAUUCCAAAGACUCUGCUCAGAGCAGCUCCACGUCCACCUCCCAAGACACAGGGACCCCCCCCGAAUACAAGGAUAAUAAAGGCUUUGGGAUCGGUGAGCUGGUGUGGGGGAAGAUUAAGGGCUUCUCCUGGUGGCCGGGAAUUGUGGUGUCCUGGCGGAUGACUGGGAAACGACAGGCCUCUCUAGGGAUGAGGUGGUUGCAGUGGUUUGGGGAUGGCAAGUUUUCCGAGGUUUCAGCAGACAAGCUGGACUCAUUCAUGGCCUUCCCCAAGUACUUCACCCAAGCUUCGUACAACAAGCUAGCGUCGUACCGGAGAGCUGUCUUUCAAGCACUUGAGAUGGCAGCUGACCGGUCUGGGAAGAUAUUUCCCCGUUGUGAAACAGACAGCCCUGAUGACCUGGUGAAGCCCAUGCUGGAGUGGGCUAACGGCGGGUUCGAGCCCAAAGGGUCUGAGGGACUUAACCCUAAAGGAGAGAACGGGUCCCUCAAUCACCACGUUCUCGAGGUCAACUACCUAGAGUAUUACCCCCCGGUCAAGAAACAGAAAACCAACCUGUACAAAAAUAAGGUGGGGAUCGAGGAACACUACAGCAGAGAACAAAUGGUCCAUGAAGUUUUGAAGAAUAACAGAAGUAUAGAAGAAUUCUGCCUAUCUUGUGGGAAAGCGAGAGUGGCGACUUUUCAUCCGCUUUUUGAAGGAGGCCUUUGCCAAACAUGCAAGGAUAUCUAUCUGGAAAUCUCCUACAUGUAUGAUGAUGACGGGUACCAGUCAUACUGCACUGUGUGCUGUGGAGGUCGGGAAGUGUUGCUCUGUGGCAAUGCCAACUGCUGUAGGUGUUUCUGUGUCGACUGUCUAGAUAUCCUAGUGGGUCCUGGGGCCUCAGAGAACGCCAAGGUGCUGGACCCAUGGCGAUGCUACAUGUGCCAGCCAGUCCAACAGUACGGUGCCCUCAAACAGAGACAUGACUGGAGCAUCAAGCUGCAGGAGUUCUUUGUCAAUGACAACGGGCAGGAAUUUGAAAGCCCGAAAAUGUACACAGCAAUUCCUGCAGAGCAGCGACGGCCAGUAAGAGUGCUGUCACUGUUUGACGGCAUUGCCACUGGGUAUUUAGUUUUAAAGGAUCUUGGCUUUAAGGUUGACCAGUACAUCGCCUCUGAGGUCUGUGAAGACUCCAUUUCAGUGGGAGUGGUCCGACAUGAAGGAAACAUUCAAUAUGUGCAUGAUGUGAGGAACAUAACAAGGAAACAACUUGAAGAGUGGGGUCCUUUUGAUCUGGUGAUCGGAGGAAGUCCUUGCAAUGAUCUCUCAAUAGUAAACCCAGCCAGAAAGGGUCUGUACGAGGGCACAGGAAGGCUGUUCUUUGAGUUUUACCGUUUGCUGAAUGCUGCUAAACCGAAAGAAGGAGACGACAGGCCGUUCUUCUGGCUGUUCGAGAACGUUGUGGCCAUGGGGGUCAACGACAAAAGGGAUAUUUCUCGCUUUCUGGAGUGCAACCCGGUAAUGAUUAAUGCCAUCGAGGUGUCAGCCGCACACAGAGCUCGAUACUUCUGGGGCAACCUUCCUGGAAUGAACAGGCCCCUGUGUGCUUCAGGCAUGGACAAGCUUCAGCUUCAGGACUGCCUAGAGCAUGGGAGGAUAGCAAAGUUCGGAAAGGUGCGUACCAUCACGACGCGGUCCAACUCCAUCAAGCAGGGCAAAGACCAGCAUUUCCCUGUCUUGAUGAAUGGAAAGGAAGACAUCCUGUGGUGCACGGAGCUGGAAAGGAUCUUUGGCUUUCCGGUGCACUACACUGACUUAUCCAACAUGGGCCGGGGCGCGCGACAGAAGCUGCUGGGUCGGUCCUGGAGUGUACCAGUCAUCCGACACCUCUUUGCUCCUCUUAAGGACUACUUUGCUUGUGAAUAGAGACCAAUGAGCCUUUUUUUUUUAAGAUUGUCUACUUGUUCAUCAUUCAAGUGUUUUUUUACAAAAUGUAUGUAGUUUAUUGAGGGUAGUGGAAUAGGAUAACAAUGGGAUGUGGAAAUUGAUCUAAUAUCUCACGGUGUAUAUUCGUACCUCAGAACAUUAUGCUGCUUUUAAAUUAAAAAAAAAAAAUCUGCAACAAGAUAAUUCAAUUUUUCAAUUGGCAACAAAGAGCUAAUGAUAGGGAAAAUAAAAGGAGAGAUAUUCUGGUCAUUUGCACAACUCCUGCUGAUAGCCGACUUCUUACAAGAUUACAGACAAGGCGAGGAUAGGUGCCAACGUAUUCCAGUUAACAUACUGUUCUGCCAGCUAGAAAAAAAUCGUUUUGGCUUGUUUAAGGGUACUGCCUACAUGUUGGAUUACAUCCAAAUCUGACACAUACUCCAUCCUACAAAGCAGACUAGCCCCUAGGGCUUUGCCAAAAGUCUUCUCUGUGACUCAUUUUGGGUUGUAACAGCCAGGAGGUGAAAUUGUACGUUUGGAACAGUUGUCUUAUAAUACAGUAUUGCUACCUGCAUGUCAACUACAUGCCCUUUUGUAUUUGAAUACGGCUAAUAUACAAAAACACAGGGGUUCUAAAACCUCUAACCCCAACAGGUGAUGUGCAGAUGUGACAAAGCACUGCAUUGCACCUCUGCUUCUGUAGAGCACUGAUACAUCCGACUUCUUUAAAACAGAAAAGAGUUUUCCAGCUGGCAAUGGGAGGGGUGGGCCGAGUGUAUUGAGCUGGGGUUGUGUUUCAAGGUAAUGAAAACAACUUUCUUUACCUUUCUGCUCAGUGUCUGUGUCAGUUCUGGAACCUCUUGAGGUUCCCUCGUGUGUUUCAGUUUUGUAAGGGUUAUUGUUAUAUUGACAGUGCAAGUGAUCUGAUUCACAGUAAGGUGAACUCUUCAGGCCUGGAUAAAGUCAAUAUUAUAGCAUCACUAUAUGUCUUAAUAUAUAUAGUGAUUUUAAUGUCAUUCAAGCAUUAAAUCUACAUGAGGCAGCUUGAAUAUCAGUAUAUUCUAUAUUAACAAUGUGUCUGCAGAAACUCUGUAUUCUCAGGUGAUCACAAACAGCCAGAAAAUGUAGACACUCCUUCACCAUCUUGUUUUAAACAUUUUAAUCCUGCCUGUAUUCAUAUAAAACUAAUUGGAGUUAUUUUAAGCAAAUGCUUAAGUGUUUUGUCAACCAGUCAAGGAUCGAGUAGAUUCACAUGUUAACGGCAUGCAUUCAGUCAAUGAGAAAGUGUCUCGAAAGUGCCUUAUGUGGUACAUAGAAAACAUGUUUGUUAUUUGAUUCCAGAUACAUAGCAAUUAACCGUGGCCAAGAUGAUUAGAGUAGUGCCCCAAGUGGCAGUCAGAAAACACACACUGGACAGAUUAAUCACCUUUAUCAUAAUGUGAAACGGAUUUCUUUAAAACACGGACAAUCGGAUAAUGUAAAUAGAGAGGAUACAUACUCUCAAGGGUACCACAUGUUUUUGUUUAGAAGCACAACUGUAUAGUUUGAAUGUGAAUAAUGUCAAACAAACCUCAUGUUUUUAGGUGAAACCGGCCAAAAUGUAUGCAUACCUUUUUUAAAAUGUAACUUAUUGCAAUAUUAACAUUUAACCCGUUUAAGCUAAACAAGGGUUUUUCUUCAAAUGAGUAUUUAAAAACUGCAACCCAGCAUUAAGUUACUGGGUGGUCCAGUAAGUGACUUGCUUUUUGUCUUUGGGAGCUUGUUGCCAGUCAGGCAGUACUCAGUGAAUUACAUGCAUUGAAACUGUCUGUGUGGUAUAUUUAAAAUAACUGAUGUGCAAAAAAAAACAACAAAUUUUUAUAAUACUGUGUAGGGCAAAGAUGUUACUACAGUGCAUUGGCUGCCCCGUUGAUUUCGAAAAAUGGGUGCUAAUGUUAACAAAUCAACAAGUUAGAAAAUAAUGCUGCAAACUUUGCAAUGGAGUGUGAUUUGGUUUAUUCAACAAAGCGGACUGACAGAGAUGCCUGUUUUGCAAAGAGGGUGAACUUUCUGCCAUUCAGUGCCUUAAACACAUUUGAACUAAAACCUGUUUGUACUGUUUUGAAAAUGUUUACAGUUGGUUGGCGUUUCCCUUUUAAGAGCAGUCGUGGUGGUGAAGCAGAAACUCAUAUCAGCGUAUCAACAAUCGCUAUCCCUUUGUUACUGUAGUCUCAAGAAGCAAAUUUGAACCGGAUUUGUGUUUGCUUUUAUUAUAGUAUACGGCUCUCUCUAUAUAUAUACCCUGCUGUUAGUCAAUCUAUCUUAAAACAUGUAAGUACUGUAUACAGUAUUGUUAAGAAAGGUUUCCUAUAACAUGAAAAAAGAAAGACACUGGUUUAAAAGAUUUCUGAGCAUUUAACACUGAGAGGUAACGAUUUGGAAUAUUUUAGAGAACAGACUCAAUUUAUAGACAGCCAUCACUUAGUGUGUAGUUAAUGUGGUCUAGAUAGAAACUUUUAAAUUGACUGGUGGUUGACCAUGCUUUUUAGCAGACAAAUGUGCUUGGCGUGAUCAUUGGUGUAAUAUACCCACCUUGUAUAGUGUAGAUGACCAGGUGUCUUAUUUGAAAACCAAAUUGCAGGUGAAUUUUAUUUUUUCUUUCAAAGCAAUAAAUACUGUUGCAUUUGUAGUUUUAUUUUCUACAUGGGUUUAGGGCAUUUUACUCUUAUUGGUGCUAAUUGUUAUAAUACAAAUACUUCUAUUUUAUAGACCUGUAUUUUUAUAUACAUGUGCGCAUACUGUAAAAUUUUCAAUAGGUAACUGGGUUGCAUUCAUAACAAUGCUUCUCAAGUUCUUAGUAAGGUUUGUAAUACCAUAGUUUAGAUUAAACCAGUAUUUUUGUGUUAUGUGUUUUUACACCAUUCCAAACUUGAGAAACAGAAUGUAAAGGCAUUCUACAAAUGUUUGUAUCGUUAUUGUGUGAUUCUCAUAUUUAGCUUUACUUCCAAUGGCUUGGUUUAUCAAUCCUGGUAGUGGAAUUCAAGUAGUCUCCUGUUUUAUUCUAAGAAUGAAACCUUUUGAAGUUAAACACUUCUUCAACAGACUGUUGUGAGCAUUAUUGUAUUGUUUUUAUAAUGUUUGUACUUUUGUGUAUUUUUUUAUAUAUAUAUACUGUAUAUGUUGCAGGACCCCACUGUGCUAUAUGGGCUUGAUAGCCUGUCCAUGUAAAAUCUUUAAUGAUUUAAAUUGUCUGACCCUGCAAAAAUAAAACUGAUUUGACUUGA